AUGCCCAAAGCCCGAAAACGCAAAGCUCCCAUAACAGGCAUUGGUACAACCUCCGAUACGAAUAGCAGCAAAUCUGAAUCAAGUCGUGCUGUCAUUCGGCGCUUCCACGUAUUGUUGAAACAGCAAACUCAGCUGCAGAAAUCAAUUAUCCAGGAUAUAUCGAAGAAGACUGAAUUGGCGGAUGUCGAGCGCGAAAUUCGAGAGCUUGGUGGGCUGGAGAGCUAUCAGAGGAUGUCUGUGAUUGGACAAGGGACCGAUAGAGGAGGCGGAAGUGAGAAGGUACUGAUCCGUUGGUUGAAGGACAAGGAGUUGCAUACGACGAAAAAGAAACUUCAAUUACUUGAAGUAGGCGCUCUCAAACCCGAUAACUAUGCAGGUUGCUCGUCGUGGAUCCAGGCUAAACCUAUAGAUUUGAAUUCUCGACAUCCGUCUAUUGUAGAACAAGAUUUUCUGUUACUCGACCAAGAACAAAAUUCCGAAAAAUGGGAUGUAAUUAGUCUUAGCCUUGUACUGAAUUUUGUUCCCGAAGCUCUGGAUCGAGGGCGCAUGCUUCGUCUCGCACAUAAAUUUCUACUGGAAGGCGGUCACCUAUUCGUUGCUCUUCCUUUACCUUGUCUCUGUAACUCCCGUUAUCUCAAUUUCGAUCGAUUCACCGACAUAAUGCAAUUUCUGGGAUUUACGGAAGUUCAGCGGCAUUGGCGACAAGGCGGCAAGAUGGUUUAUCAUCUCUUUCAGAAGAAGAUCGACUCCAGUCCAACUCCAAAGCAAAAGUUAACCGCAGUUCCAGAAAAUCUCACCAAAAAAACUAUCCUUCGACAAGGGAAUCGAAACAAUUUUUCUAUAAUCCUAUAG